UUGUCGAAAAAAUGACCACUGCUGUUUUGGAUGAACGUUUUCAGAGAAAGAAGCAGAAGACGUUGAAUUCCCCAGAACCUGCUUGUUAAUUCUUAAUAUUGUUUUUAUGCAUAUUUGCAACCCAAAGCCCUGGAACGCACAAAGGAUCGUUUCAGGGACAAUCACCAAUAUGACUUCAGUGGAAGCAGGCACUGCCGGUGGUGCCAGUGGUGAUGACGAAUGUAGUGCUCUGCGUGCGUCCCUCCUGCGAUUAAAUGAAGAAAAACGGCAGCUUGAUUCCCGUAUUGCUGCUCUGAGCAAUGUUCUCACAUCACAGAACGUCACUAUGGACGAGCCAUUGGUGGAUGCAGAGGGAUAUCCGCGCUCCGACAUCGACGUCUACUCUGUGCGGCAUGCACGAGCACAGCUACGCCGCCUGCAGAACGACUACCGUGCGCUGAUGAGCGACAUCGAGGCUGGGCUGGCGCAGCUGCACGCGCAGCACCGGGAGGCCGGCACGGCGUCGGAGGCGGGCGGCUCGGCCACGCCGCCGGCUGCCUUCCUGCAGGUGACGGCCGUGACAGACGGCUCACCGGCGGCCGAGGCCGGCCUGCGCGCCGGCGACCAGCUGGCCGCACUGGGCUCUGUGAAUGCCGACAACUUCGGCUCUCUGUCGGACGUGGCCGGCGUGGUGCGCCACAGCGCCGGCCGCCCACUGGCGGUGACGGCGCUGCGCGCCGGCCGCCGGCUGAGUCUGCAGCUGACGCCGCGCUCCUGGGCCGGGCCGGGCCUGCUCGGCUGCACCCUGGUGCCCAUCGACAGGCCCGAAAGGUGAACGGCCGCCCUCGGACAGCGAUCGGCUUCUGCUCCGCGGUGGGUCAUCUGAUAUUGGCUCUCGUGCUAUGAGACGAUGAUAAUGUGUUUUGUUGCUAAGGGGUGUAAAGGACACACCCCUUGCACAUAAGGCGGUGCUAUGGGGCUGAGCACGCCCGUGGUCGACUCGAUCUUUGAUAAGCUAAGCAUGUUUAUUGCGACAGUCGCAUCACAUGCCAUUGUUUGCGCCAUUGCCAGUUCAGUGUGGGUUCGGGCUUUAUCAGAUACAGCUUGAUGUGUUAAUAUAUAACCUGAUUGCACUUGCAAGCUUA